AAUCCGGAUUUCAUUGGUUAUCACUUUCUAUUGGUUAUUUGAAAGAUAACUUACAUUUAGAAGAUAUGUCAAAUUUACUUAAAAUCUUUGGAGAUGUUGGUUUUCCGAUAAUAUCGGUUCCAAACGAAAUCAUUGAUGCAUUAAACAAUUCCAUACAUAAAGACUUUCUUAAAGUUUUGUCUCCUGCCAUUGGUCGUAUUUAUUUAAAGCACAAUCGUGAUAGAUGGCAAGAUCAACUGUCAAAAGAAGAAGCCAUCGUAUUAUUUAACGAAUCUAUUGUGAAUAAUCACGGGUUGCGUAAUCGUUUGCGUGAACUCGCUAUAGAUGGGUGGAAUCUAAACAUUAAAAUCUUGGAUGCAUAUGCCAUUGCCGAUAUGAUUAGAUUUACACUUGAUCCAGUAAAUCCAUUCCUUGAGGAGAUGCAAUAUCAAAUCAUAGUCCGAUUAUAUCCAAGUAAUUUAAAUUGUGUGUUACAACCUCGUGAAAUAUCGAUGCUCGUUGAAUAUUUAUCCAACUAUUUACGAUUUGUUGCUAAUGAUGCGUCAAAUGUUAUCGAUGUUAUCAAGCAUUUACCAAUUUUUUCCGAAGUUGGCAAUGCUACAUCAAUUUCGUUAAUCGGAAAUCAAAAUUGGUAUCUUCUUCCUUAUGGUGAAAAUAAUUCAUAUGGCGAAAUCAUCUAUCCAAGUGAAUGA